AUGCUUCUGCUUAAAUUAACUACGAGAAAGUUACAUCCUAGGGUAUCCUUGCAAUCUAUUGGAUUACCUCUACGCCACUAUUCUGUUCCUCCAAAGUUUGCCCAACAAUAUCGUGGUCCUCCAAAGCUUCCAAAACACGAGCAAGAAGAGUUUGAGCGAUUACAAAAUAUAGCACAGUCCCAAAUUGCUAUUGAGGACUAUAACGAUAGGUUGCAGGCCGCACAGCGUGAAGCUGCUGCUGCCACCACGAGUGGCUCGGUGGAUAACGAUGCAAAUGACGAUGUUAAACCACCAGUAGUUAACGACAACUCCGAUAUUGGCACAUUUGCUUACUUGAAAACUAUUCCGGAAUUCGAAGGUGAAGUGAAUCCAAAGACUGGUGAAGUGGGCGGGCCUAAGCAAGAUCCGUUGAAGCAGAGUGAUGAAUGGACCUAUAAUGGUCGUACUAUUGACUUUUAA